CCCGGUGGGUCACAUGACGGAGCUGGACGGACCUCCUGACCGGCCUCCUCCUCCUCUCCGCUCCCCGCCUCUCGGUCGGCGGCUCCGUUAGCUCGCUGUUUAGCCUCCAUCGGCCUCCGAAGCACCGGAACAUGGCGGACACCGUCAGGGACCCUCCGCCGGACGGAACCGACUUCCACGAGCUGGAGGACGGCGAGGAGCUGUUCCCGGAGCCGGCGGCCGCUCCGGAGGAGUCACAACCAGCCAGUUUACCUGCUGAGGACAUCAGCACCAACUCCAACGGACCCAAACAGGACUUACUGUUCGAUGACGAUCCAGAAGAUCUGUUCGCCGAGGCGACCGAGGAGGUUUCAUUGGACAGUCCAGAGAGAGACGUCCUGCUGUCAGACGGCCCGUCGCCCGCCAUCACCCCCAUAACUCCACCCACCUCCGUCAUCACGCCCAGAAUCGGCCACGCCCACGACGACAUGUUCACACACUCCUCCUUCGACGAGAUUGAAGAGGAAGAAGGCGGUGAUUCUUUUGACAUCCACAUAUCAGUGUCCGACCCAGAGAAAGUUGGUGACGGGAUGAACGCCUACAUGGCCUAUAAAGUGACCACUAAGACCUCCAUGUCACUGUUCAAGCAGAAGGAUUUCUCGGUAAAACGGCGUUUCAGUGAUUUUCUGGGCCUCCACAGUAAACUGGCCUCCAAGUAUCUCCACAUCGGCUACAUCGUCCCUCCUGCUCCAGAGAAAAGCAUCGUGGGGAUGACGAAGGUGAAGGUUGGGAAGGAGGACCAGUCAUCCAACGAGUUUGUGGAGAAGAGACGGUCGGCUCUGGAGAGGUAUCUGAUGAGGACGGUGAAACAUCCCAUCCUGCUGAAGGAUCCCGACGUCCUGCAGUUCCUGGAGAGCUCUGAGUUGCCACGGGCCGUCAGCACUCAGGCUCUGAGCAGCGCUGGACUCCUGCGAAUGGUGAACAAAGCUGCUGACGCCGUCAACAAGAUGACGAUCAAGAUGAACGAAUCAGACGCUUGGUUUGAGGAGAAGCAGCAGCAUUUUGAGAAUCUGGACGUCCAGCUGAGGAAACUUCACGCCAGCGUUGAGUCUCUGGUCUGUCACAGGAAAGAGCUGUCGGUGAACACGGCUCAGUUUGCCAAGUCGGCGGCCAUGCUGGGGAACAGCGAGGACCACACGGCUCUGUCCAGAGCUUUAUCUCAGCUGGCCGAGGUGGAGGAGAAGAUCGACCAGCUGCACCAGGACCAGGCCAACGGAGACUUCUACCUGUUCUCAGAGCUGCUGGGGGAUUACGUACGACUGCUGACCGCUGUCAAGGGAGUGUUUGAGCACCGGAUGAAGACGUGGCAGAAGUGGCAGGACAGUCAGAUGCUGCUGCAGAAGAAACGAGAAGCUGAAGCCAAACUUCAGUUCACCAACAAACCUGACAAACUGCAGCAGGCCAAAGACGAGAUCAAGGAGUUGGAGGGAAAAGUCCAACAAGGCGAAAGAGACUUUGAGCAAAUCUCCAAAACCAUCCGCAAAGAAGUCAGCCGGUUCGAGAAAGAGCGAGUGAAGGACUUUAAAACGAUCAUCGUCAAAUACCUGGAGUCGCUGGUUCUGACACAACAGCAGCUGAUUAAAUACUGGGAGGCCUUCCUACCCGAGGCCAAGGCCAUCUCUUAGACUCCACGGUCCGACCGGCUCCGGUUUAAACUACACUACCCACGAUGCACCUGCUCUCCCAGCUCUCCCUCCUGCUCCUGUUUAAUCACAGAGUCAAGAAAAGAAGUGUGGCGGCGAACCAAGUGACUUUUCUGCAGUAAAACAACAAGAAAAAAAAAAUUCAUCGUCUUUUUUUUCUGAACUCUGCUGCAUUCAUGUAAAAAAAAAAAAUCAACAGAAUCUGAAUUCUUAUGUGGAUUUUUUUCUUUUAAAUCUGAAACCUGCAGUGAGUUUUGUUUUCCGGACAGUGAAUGCAGCACGAGUUCUACAGCUCUGGUGGUGGCUUCUAAUGAGGCGUCGGUUUCUACGUUCACGACUUAUUUAUCUGUUCCAUCACCGGACACGACGGGAAACGGGUAUUUGAAGGAAUCUCACUCUGAAUGUGUGUAUCCGAGGUUAUUUUUUAACAAAAUAAUCUCAAAUUUGCUAAGAAAAAGAUUGAAAUCAACACUUUUAGUUAAAAAAAAAAAAAAAGACUUUUUCUUCCUCUUUAGUUUGCUGUUUGGAAGUACGGAAGCUCAGUUCGACCACAAAGAACAAAAAAACAGAAACGAUGAAAAGUUAGAGAUGAAAAAACACAUAUUGUAAGCAAUUAUAAGGAAAAGAAUUACAGCAAAAUCAAAAAUUUCAAUUUGUAAAUUGUAAAAAGUUCAAAAUUUGGAUGUACAGAAGCUAAUUUUGACCACAAAGAAAAGAAAGCAGAAAAGAUAUGAAGUUAGAAAUGACAAGAAAUAUGCUUUAAGGAGUUGCAAGAAAAAGAAUUACAGUAAAAUCAAAAAUUACAAUCUGUAAGUUGUGGAAAAAGUUCUAAAUUCAGACAAAUGUGUGGUUUAUGGGCCUUUUCAUCGCCAAUUUUCACUUCAAAAAUAACGUUUCUAUUCUAAAAUAAUUAAGAGAGCAAGAUUUAUCAACAUGUUUUUAGAAUUAAGCAUAUCUUUAAAAUACUUUGAUUGUAUCCCACUGCCUUCUUCUGCUAAUAAAGCUCAAAAGUGAGCUGUAAAUUAAGAAUAAUUUAACAUUUACAAGCAGUAAAUAAACAGCUAAUAAUAAAAAAAAAAACAAUUGAGCAAAUAAUCAAAUAACUGAUCAUAAAAGCCACCAUAUAUUACAGCCAUUACAGUGUUUUAAAUGGUUUAUGAAGUGAUUUUGUUGCCACAAUCCAUAUUUUACUUUUUUUUUUAACUUAAAAUGGAUAGAAAAAAUAUUUGUCUUUUCUGACUUUUCCUUCUUCUUUUCCUGGCGUGAAUGAGCUUCCAUACUGUCCUAAACACUACAGUUCCCAUGAUCCAACGAACCCAACACACCUGUAACUCCGCCCAGCACCAGGAUGACAGUCCUCCCUGAUUGGAUGCUUUGUGCUGCAGUGUUUUCUGGGAGUUGUAGUUUUCUCCUAACGUUUUGCUUUUUCUGGUGAUUUUGUUGCUUGAAACCAGGAAUGUGAAACAAACAGAACCGCUCUGCUUCAUCAGCCGCUGGUUUUAUCCACUUCUACUCAGCAGGUCGAUUAAAACGGGAGUUUAUCCACUAAAAACCUGAAAAUAAAACCACUAAAUCACAACAUGUGAGACGUGAAACCGAUCCGGAGUCGAGAUGAAGGACGACCGACCGCUUCCUUCGCUUUGUGUCUUGUGUCUUGUGUCUUGUUCUUCCUGUCACCUGCUCACCUUGCGACCUCACUUCCUGUCACGCCGUGUGGUGUUUUUGUUGCUGUAUGAUCGCAAGUGAAGGCAACGUUUUCUGUUUCUGUUAACAGUUUAACCGAUAAAUCCAACAAUGGAGCUGUGUUCAGUUUAGCUUUUAAUCUGUAGCAUCGUUGGUUCUUUCCCCAAAAAACUCAUUUUUCUGCCUUAAAAAAAAAGUCCAAAAAAAAUCUACAAAAUCAGCUGCAGAGGAAACUGUGAUGUUUAGAAUUUUUUCGUUUACCAGGAGAAACAAAGCAGCUUGUUAGCAUAUUUAGUUUGUUAGCACCUUUACAUCAUUGGCAUCUUUAGCUAGUUGGUGUCUUUAGCUGGUUAGCAUCUUUAGCUCGCGAUGCUAUGAGCUGCUCCAGGUUCAGCUCCAGGUUCAGCUCCAAGUUCAGCUCCAGGUUCAGCUCCAGGUUCAGUUCCAUGUUCAGCUCCAUGUUCAGCUCCAGGUUCAGCUCCAGGUUCAGCUCCAGGUUCAGCUCCAGGUUCAGCUCCAGGUUCAGCUCCAGGUUUAGCUCCAGGUUUAGCUCCAGGUGUGGUGGAAGUGAAGGUUCGUCAGGUAACAGCGUCCAUCCGGAGAUCAGCCUCUGACUGUGAUGAAUAUUUUUCUGUCCAUUUCUCUCGUUGAUUUAAUUUUUGUUGAAUUUAAAACUCGUUUCUUUAUCAGAAUAAAAUCACAGAAUCCAUCACAGAAGCUACGAAUUGGACGUUUUUGAUUGAAACUGGAACUAUUUUAGAUUUUUACGUUCUUAUUUUUCUCAUCCUGAGUCUUAAAUCAUAAAUCCGUGCCGAUCGCUUUCUUUUUUUAUCUCUUUAAUUCCAUUUUUUGUGUUUUGCCGCUGAAUGAAGUGCAAUGGUUGGUUUGAUUAUUUUUAUUUCGCAGAUGAUGAACUGCUUUAUCUGAGGAAAUUUUUUUAACUUUUGAUGUGACAUUCCUGCAACGGCAGAGCAGAAGUUUCCGUUCUUUAAUAAAGGAAAGUAUCUCAUCCA